AUGGCGAGUGUCCAGGCGUCCGGUGCAGCCUCGCACCCAUACACCUGCAACACCUGCCAAGUUGCGUAUCGCAACAUCGACCUGCAGAAGGGGCAUAUGAAAAGUGAUUGGCAUCGAUACAACCUUAAACGUCGAGUUGCCUCGCUGCCUCCCAUUUCUUCUGACGUCUUCACUGAAAAGGUUCUGCAGGCAAGAGCGGUGUCAAGCGCUGAAGCAGACAAAGCCUAUUUCGAACGUGUAUGUGGCAUCUGCGAGAAGACAUACUACAGCGAGAAUGCAUACCAGAACCACCUGUCGAGUCAGAAGCACAAGGCAAAGGAAGCCAGUAGUGGACAAACUGUUUCUGGUCGAGCUGACGACGAAACAACCUCGAUCGUCAGCUCUACGUUCUCUCUCGGCGAACCUAUUGCACCCAGCCAAGAAGAGGUUGAUUCUGACGCCGAGGAAGAAUUCAGCCAUGUGGUUGAAGGCUUCCAGAAGGCGAGCAUCACUGAGCAAAGGCCAUCUCCUGUCAAGCGUCCCUCACACCCCCAGCCUUCCGUCUCAGACGCUGCACAAGGCGAUAACGAUGACAACAGGGCCUCCGACUCAGCCACGCCCGUUCCUGGCACUCAGGAUCCCAACUUGACACUGGAGUCAUGCUUGUUCUGCAACUAUACCUCUCCAACCAUUCCUCUCAACACACAUCAUAUGGAACGCUUUCAUGGCAUGUUCAUCCCCGAGAAGAAAUAUCUUGUUGAUAUCGACGGCUUGCUCAAGCAACUCCAAGAUAAAAUCCGAGAACACCAUCAGUGCCUGUAUUGUGAUAAGGUUAAAUCGUCCAUGUUUGGAAUCCAGACACACAUGCGCGAUACAGGCCACUGCAAGAUUCCCUACGAAACUGAGCGUGACCAGCUUGAGAUUGGUGAUUUCUAUGAUUUCAGGAGCACCUACUCUGACAAUGGGGAGUUGAGUGACGAUGGCUCGGUUGUGAACGAGACAAGUGGAGGAGCGAAGCUCGGGGCACGCCGUCCUUCUAAGCUCACAGGAGAGGAUGGAGCUGAGGUUGAGGAGGAAGGGGCAGACGGUUGGGAGACGGAUAGUUCAGAAUCGUCUUUGGAUUCAGCUGAUCUUACUGCCGUGCCGGCUGAAGGCCAUAUCCACCAGUUCGAACGACUGGACAAGCACCCACAUCACUCACGACAAGAUCCGAGACAAAGACACCAAGCCGAUGGAUGGCAUUCUCACGCCCACAAACCUACCCGUGCCGUCUUUUAUGACGAUUACGAACUCCACCUCCCUACCGGCAAGUCAGUUGGUCAUCGUUCAUUGAACAAGUACUUCCGACAGAAUUUGCACAACCACCCCUCCGCCGAGGAGCGAGCAGAGAGAUUAGCAAUCGAAAACGCUGAGACCGAGCAACAGGGUUCGGCAUCUGAUGGCCAGCUCGUUGAGAGGGAGACUGGGUCUAGAUCCCGUGAAAUGGUACCGCGCGGAAUGGCGGGCAUGGUUGGCGCGCCCGAACAACAAAAGAGGCGAGCUCGUCGGGCAGAAGAAAGAGGAAGAACCUUGGAACAAGUUCACACGAAGCAAAGGGACUUGGCCUACGGAAAGAAACACAAUAACCAUAAGAACUACUACUACCGUGAGAUGGGUGGAGGUUGA